AAAGAGGGGACUUAAAACAGCAACAAUAAAUCAUUCGCGCCCGGCGGUUGCUCCCAGGAGAAUUUUUUUUAUGGAUUAAAUUAAGCACUUCCAUUCCUAUCUACCACCUGAUCGCAGCCCUAUAAAUCCCAACAGCUGAUCUGAAAGACUUUAGAAAUCCAGGAUUUCGGGCUAGCACUGCGGAAACAUAUUAUGGGAGAGAGCUAUCGCCCGGUCCUGGAACAGAAAAAAAAAGGAUUGCGAAAGCAGUAGCUAAAGCUAUAAAAGGGGGUGCGGGGCUUCAAUUUCAGCACCUUGAAGCGGGACGGCUGCCAGCUCAGGGAGCUGUCCAGUCCUGAAGACGCGUUAAUCGGUGCAGAGAAAGGGCUACACAUACUAAACGAGAUUCUUUCUACUUGCAAUUUCACCGUCACCAACACGAAACAGGAAGGCAGCCAGCACUGGGAGCUGUCCAGUGCUGAAUUAGCAGGAUUUUAUAGUGGAUCAUUUAGGGGGCCUUCGAAUUGCAAUCAUUGAGCAACAGCGUGAAGCUCGAGGUUUCCUGUUCCUGGACAUUGUUCACAGCAGAAGACCUCCAGAGCUGGAGUACCAGCAUCAACAGUGUUUGGCACCAAGGGAGGACUGGCGAAUCAGUAAAUUCCAGCACUCUUCUUAACAAUAAGGGACUUAUUCAAUGUGGGAUCUCAAGCAAGCGUAGCAAAGGCCACGGUCCUACGCAUACAUCACUCUUCCAGGCAUUUUAGUUUUGCCAUCGCUGCUACUGCUUGGCAGAGCGCUAGUGCUGAACUAGCAUUUCUGUAUCGAGCAGAAACAAUGCCAAGGUCUUUUCUGGUCAAAAAAGUCAAGCUUGAUGAUUUCUCUUCUUCCGAUUUUGAGAACUCCUAUGGCCGAUCAAGGGCAGAUUUCAGCCUCAGGCUACACGAAAAGGGAUACAUUAGUGACUACAUCUCGAAAUCAGUCUACGACGAGGAUCAUGAAAGUGCAAUUAAAGUGCCCUCGCCAGAACCUCUGUAUGGAGGAGUACACGGGGAUUAUGAGGCUGCAGACUCGGAUCAGCCAGACAGUCCUCAUUCUGAAAUCACAGCUGGGUACAUCAAUGGAGACAAUGCAGUGAGCGAAGGCUACACAGUCGACGCUUUCUUCAUCACAGAUGGAAGGUCAAGAAGAAAAGUUAUCAAUGCCUCUAGGAGUAUUCAACGCCAUACAUGCAAUGAGUGUGGGAAGACCUACGCUACUUCUUCCAAUCUAAGCAGACACAAACAGACACAUCGCAGUCUGGACAGUAAAAUGGCCAAAAAAUGUCCAACCUGUGGAAAGAUAUAUGUCUCCAUGCCGGCUAUGGCAAUGCACCUCUUGACCCAUGACCUCAAGCACAAGUGUGAUAUUUGCAGCAAAGCCUUCAGCAGACCUUGGCUCCUUCAAGGUCACAUGAGGUCACACACAGGCGAGAAACCCUUUGGAUGCGCUCACUGUGGCAAAGCUUUCGCCGAUCGAUCCAACCUCCGUGCCCAUAUGCAAACCCAUUCAGCUUUUAAACAUUUCAAAUGCAAACGGUGCAACAAAACAUUUGCUCUGAAGUCUUACCUUAAUAAGCACUACGAGUCUGCCUGUUUCAAAGGUUUAGUGCCGCCUUUAAGCCCCAUAGAGGCCUGAUUUCUUUUGUGUUGCCCCAAGACUUCAACUAAUAGCACGUGAGAGACUUUCUUUCAACAGAAGAAACUACAACGUUACUUGAGAUGUUCGCAUGGACCUUAUAAGUACUGUUUACUAAAAGUGAACAAAAUUAACUGUAAUCAUAUUUUUGCAGAAAUCAGUGAAGACAUUAGAUGUCUUUUCUAGUUCCUUAAAGGUAAAAACGUUUAUGAAGAUAAUAUUGUACUUCGGCCAAUGACCACAAAGUGUUCACGUUUAAGGUAAAAUUACCUUCUGUUAUUAUUCACAUUCAGCCAUAGUUUGCUUAAGUUCCAUUUAUUUAAUUUAUGCAUCCAUUUAUUUAUACGCUAUGAAUUCCUUUAUUUAUUGACAUUGAAAAUCCAUCACAAUUGAGUUGCACUUUGUUUUACUUUGCUGCCAAUAUGUACUACUAUGCCAAAGCAUGUGCCACUUUCAGUUGCCAUCUUUGUAAAACUUUUGACAUUUUUUUGCAUGCAGAAAAUAUUGAAACUAUGCCAAUUUUAGUAAUACUUUAAUUUUUUUGCCAAAACUUUAGAUAGUACUUGAGGGCAAUAUUUCUCUUAGGAGUGAUAAUGAAACUAUAGAGCAAUAAUCAUGUAAUGCAUGUUAUUUUUAAGACAGUUAGUAUUACUGAGGAAUCAGGUACAUUUUAUCCAGUAUUGUUAAUAGCAACAAAUAUCAGGGAUUAUGCCAAUGUAGUAUUAUAGGGUAUAUGAUGAACAAACUGAUAUCUUCCUUAUCUUCUAUUGUAUGCACUGCCUGCCUUCUAAUUCUUCUUAGUUGUAGAAUAUGGACUUGUGGUGCUGAAGGAACAGCUCCAAACCACUCAGCCUGGAACAAACUAAGAGGGUAAUCCACACUGGCUCUAAUUACUACAGCUCUCGAUUCCCUGUUUUGUAAUGUUGGAGCCUGUGAACAAGUGUCACUGGCAAACACAGAAAGAAAACAAUACACAGCUCUUGGGAAGAAGGAGACAUGUUGCUGUCCUUAAUUUAUAGCCAUGUGGAUGGCCCUACAUUUCUUGUUUACCUGUGAAGCACUUCCUUUUAGUCUUUCCUUUUAAGAAGAAUAACACAGCACAAGAAUAUUAAAAAGAAAAACACUUUAAUUGAUAGCAUUCAGGUAGAAGGAACUUGUAUUAGAUAGACCUCUGUUUUUGUACUUCAAAAUGAUCUGUAUAUUGCAAGAAGCCUUGUAAAUACUAUUUGGAUCUUCACUUGAUUUUUACAGCUGUAAAGGAUACUAUAAUGUGUCAAUUAUUUUCCUGGAGAUUUUGUUCCCCAGAAUUUUUGAGCCAGUAUUCAGAUGAUGUAAGCACAAUGGCACACUGCCUUUUGGCACUUCACUAUAAUAAAAUUAAAUUCUUAAUA